AUGGAGGAUUUCAUGCGCCACAAGCCGGCGAAGUUUACCUGCAAAGCCACCCCAGAUGAGGCAGAUGCGUGGCUGUGUGAAUGUGAGAAAAUCUUCGGGGUGAUAGAGUGCUCGGAGGCUCAAAAACUUACUUUUGCCACCUUUCUGUUGGUGACAGAGGCAGAGUACUGGUGGAUGGGGAUGUGGCAACAGAUGCAGACCCGCGAGGAGGAGGUGAAUUGGGUUAACUUCAGAAAGAAGUUUGUAGAGAAGUACUUCCCCGACAUCGCUAAGCAUGAGCGUGAAGCUAAGUUCCUUACCCUGCAGCAAGGGUCGAUGUUAGUGCAGGCAUAUGUGGAGAAAUUUGAGUAUUUGGCGAGGUUUUACUCUCAGACUGUGACGAAGGAGUGGUGUUGCAGGAAAUUUGAAGGUGGCCUAAAGCAUGAAUUGAGGCACUUCAUUGCCAAGAGUGUAGAGCAAUUGGAGAUAGGACACAGCAAGGUCAGCAGAUCUCAGAAGACUAGUGCUGAGGACAGACAACAGAAGAAGCCCUAUAGCCGACCGCCAUCAUCCUCACAGAAGUUGUGGUGCUAUAAUUGUGGAGGAGAACACCUGAGGAGAGAUUGUACACAGUCUGCGGGCAGUGGGGGAAACAGUGCUAGCACUCGAGCUUCGCACUCCUUUAUAUCUCAUGACUGCGUGAAGAAUCUGGGAUUGUCGACUCGUGAUCUGGGAUGCGAGUUAAUAGUCUCAACACUAGCAUCUGGGCAGGGUUCAACUAUUUCUGCCUGUGUUGGAUGCUCGAUGGAGGUAAAGGGCAGGCGAUUCAAGGCGAACCUAAUAUGCUUGCCUUUGGAGGGACUGGACGUGAUACUAGGCAUGAACUGGUUGUCAAGUAAUCACAUUGCCAUUGAUUACGGACGACACAGAGUGGUGUUCCCUGAAUCGAAAGGGUUUGAGUUGAUCUCAACUCAUAAAGCUUUAAAGGAGAUCGAAGAAGGAACUACUUGA